CUGGGCCAUCAGACAUCCUGGGGAUGCUGGAGGACCAGGAACCCGAUCCAAUAUCCAGGGUGGGGGGCUCAGGCUAAACCAACUAAGCAGGGCUUUCGCUGAAGACAGGCCUGGGCCAUCAGACAUCCUGGGGAUGCUGGAGGACCAGGAACCCGAUCCAAUAUCCAGGGUGGGGGGCUCAGGCUAAACCAACUUAGCAGGGCUCUCUGCGAAAACUGAACCUGACAAUGCAGUGCACAGAUGGGCCUGGGAGGAGGUUAGGAGGCCACCGAAGUCUGGCUGAGCAAGGAAUCUUUGGCAAAGUCUAGUUCCAGGACCUCUUGCUCUCUCUCCUUCCCUCCCCUGUUCUUCCUCUCUCCCUCUCUUCCUCCAACCUUCUCCCUCCUCUUACCCCUUUCCUUCUCCUUUCCCUCGCAUUUCUGUCACAUUCUUUUUUUUUUCAUUACGGUAAAACUUCACAAAUUGUUUCCAUCUUAACCACAUUUCAGUGACGUUAAGCACAUUCACGGAACUGUGCAGCCAUCACCAGCAGCCCUCUACAGAUCCUUUUCACCUUUCAAGGCUGAAACUCUGUCCCCACUAAACACGAACUCCCCAUUUCCCCUUCCCCAGACCCUGAUAACCCCCUUCUACUUUCUGUCUCUAUGACUCUGACUCCUCUAGGGGCCUCGGCUGAGUGGAAUCAUGCGGUGUUUGUCUUAGGACUGGCCCGUUUCCCUCGGCAGAGCGUCCUCAAUGUUCCUGCGCCUGGCAGCAGGUGUCGGCAUUCCCUUCCUUUUAAAGGCUGAGUAAUGUUCCACGGUGUGCAUGGACCACAUUUGCUUAUGCACGUAUCCAUCGAUGGGCAGGGACAGCGGGGGACGCUUCCCUUUUUCAUUUAUUAUAAAUAGCGCUGCUGUGAACGUGGGGUAAAGACGCCCCUUGGAGCCUCGGCUUUCGGUCCUCUGGGCUUGUGCCCGGAAGGGGAGUGCUGGGCCACGUGGGUGUCCGUGUUUGAUUUUCUGGGACCUGCCCCCCUGUCUCCCGCCCCGGCUGCCGCGUCUCACUCCCCGCCGCGGUGCGAGGGGCCCCGUGCCGCGCACCCUUCCACCCGUGUUUUGCUGUUUUUUUUUUGACUCUGGGCGUCCCAGGGGUGCAGCGGCCGUGGGGCCCUGGUUUGCUUUCACCUCUUCAUCUGCUCACUGGCCGCGAGUGUGUCUUCUUCAGACAAACGUCUGAAGGUCAAGCCCCGGGCUCCUGUGAACCCGGCCGUCUUUGCGGCAGUCUGAGGCUCCUUCUUUACUCUGGAUCUGGCCCCUGGUCGGAGGCGUGCUCGGCAGGCACUGCUCCCAUUGCUGGCGGCCCUUUCUCUCCGUGGCCGCCCGGCCGCCCAUCAGAGGCGUUGCAGACGCCCGCCCUCGCCAGCGCAAAGACAAACGCCGGUGGCCGCGGACGCGCCAGCGGCCUGGAGCAUCACGGCGGGCGGGCACCACAGAGGCGCGGUCCUCCGGCGUCUAGAUCUGCCAUGUGGCGCGCGCCGGAAGCGGCCCUGAGGCCGGAAGUGGGCCUAGAGCGCCGCGGCCCCGAGAUGAAGCCGGCGGUAGACGAGAUGUUCCCCGAGGGCGCCGGGCCCUACGUGGACCUGGACGAGGCGGGAGGCAGCACCGGGCUCUUGAUGGACUUGGCAGCCAAUGAAAAGGCCGUUCAUGCAGACUUUUUUAAUGAUUUUGAAGAUCUUUUUGAUGAUGAUGACAUCCAGUGAGAUGCCCUCUGGCUGCAGGCGGGGCCAAGCCCUUGGUACAGAGCCGCAGUGUGAGCCUGCGCAGGACAGUUUCAGGUGGUUUUAAAGAACACGUGGAAAUCCCUUGAAUUUAGGACCUGGUUAACCAGAAAGAAAAGACUGUUCUUAACGACCUAGAUGAGGCUGUUCGUCUCUGAACGGGAUCAGGUUUUGUCCUCACUCCAAUUAAAAGAAAGCAGUGUCA